AUGUCUUCCAAAGCAUUUGGUGGUGCAUUAAUGUUGGCCGGAAUCACGAUUUUUGUGUAUUACACAUUUUGGCUGGUCGUAACAGUAUGAAAUAUGUAGCCUUAUCUUGAUACCCAAAGCUUUAUUCACAAUUUUUACCCUCCUAGAGAAUGGGCUAUGCAAGGUCCGAAAUUUUUAUUGAUUUUUGGAGUAGUCACUUUAUCUGGGCUUAUUGGGUAUUUAUUUAUGAGCACUAGGAAACCUAAACAGGCAUAG